AUGAGAAGCUAUCAAAUAGCAAAACCGUACCCUGGAGGAAAACAUUUUUAUUCCGUGAAGCCAGCCAAAUUCUCUGAACAUGUGAGCCGUAUUUCUUUUGAUCACCAUUCCGCCAAGAGGCAUGAUGUCCCCUCCACAGUGCUGUGUGAACUCCUCUCUACUGUUCCAGGUAUCCGCGAUCCAAGCCAUGACCUCCUCUCCCCGACUCAGCUCAAGGAUACGAGCAAAGAAGAAAACCAACUGAAAUCGACCGGGAUCAACAGUGGUCGAUCAGAACAGACUCAGCCGUCGGUGAACGGUACGACUACAGGCAGUGGAGGAGGUGCGGGCGGUGGAGGAGGCAAUGUGAGUAGUGGCGGGAACUGCAGUCAGGACCUGGAGAAGUCUGUCAAACAGAAACGUCACCGCACACGUUUCACACCUGCGCAGUUGAACGAACUUGAACGGAGCUUCGCCAAGACGCAUUACCCAGAUAUAUUCAUGCGCGAAGAGCUAGCUUUGAGGAUUGGUUUAACGGAGUCACGUGUUCAGUUCUCCCUUUCUUUCUUUCUUUCUUUUUUCUUUUCUUCCUUUUAUUCUCGAUUGUUUUUAUCUUCACUUUCAACUCAUUUGCUCCAUCACUACAAAUUCAUUAUAGUUUCACUUCCCUCUUCCGUUCUUUCUCUUCCUACCUCCUUAUUUUACUUAGCUGUCUGCUUACCUAUCUAUCUAUCUAUCUAUCUAUCUAUCUAUCUAUCUAUCUAUCUAUCUAUCUAUCAACUCACUUUUUCCUACCUUUCUAUCAGCGUUUGUGUUUUCGCGCAUGCGCGUUUGUUAUUCAUUCCUCAUAACCAGAUAUUAUUUCAUUUCUUUUGUCCUUCACUUUAUUUCCCACCAUUUUCCUUUCUUUCUUCCAUCCUUUCUUUUUUCUUUAUUUCUUUUUUCUUUGUCUUUCUUUCUUUCUUUCUUUCUUUCUUUCUUUCUUUCUUUUUUUUCUUUAUUUCUUUUUUCUUUGUCUUUAUUUCUUUUUUUCUUUGUCUUUCUUUCUUUCUUUCUUUCUUUCUUUCUUUCUUUUACCCACUUCCAUAUUUUUCUUGGCGAGGUCUAUUCAUAUCUAUCUAUCUAUCUAUCUAUCUAUCUAUCUAUCUAUCUAUCUAUCUAUCUAUCUUGGUCUGUUCAUAUCUAUCUAUCUAUCUAUCUUGGUCUGUUCAUAUCUAUCUAUCUAUCUAUCUCUGUUCAAAUCUAUCUAUCUCAGCAUAUAUAAUAUCUACAUCUCUCUCAGCAUUAUCUAUCUAUCUAUCUAUCUAUCUAUCUAUCUAUCUAUCUAUCUAUUCGCACCAAACUAUCUACCUUUUCUACCUACCUUUUUAUGACGGUAUCUGUCAACUCUGCACGCUAAAGUUUCUAUCUAAGAUUGGCUACUUCGUUAUUAAUUACUUUCCAACUCCAUCAACACUCGAUGGGAUCACAGAAGGGGAGCCGUUCCAUCUUGCUCCUCCUCUUUUCCGAAUUGGUGGCUCUUGUCUUGCUGAAGACAGAUCGACUGGGCCACGUACUGUUUUCACGCUUUUCCCUGUGCCUAUAAAAGUGCCUCUCUCUUUCUCUCGACGCGCUUUUGUGGCGUCGGAUGAUCUACCUACCUUUGUUAAUUUCUUUUUUCUAUGUUCAUUUUAUAUCUCUAUCAACCUGUCUAUUUCUUUCUUUCUGUUUAUCUAUCUAUCUCUCUUCAUAUCUAUCUAUCUAUCUAUCUAUCUAUCUAUCUAUCUAUCUAUCUAUCUAUCUCUGUUCAUUUCUAUCUAUCUAUCUAUCUAUCUAUCUAUCUAUCUAUCUAUCUAUGUUCAUUUCUAUCUAUCUAUCUAUCUAUCUAUUUAUCUAUGUUCAUUUCUAUCUAUCUAUCUAUCUAUCUAUCUAUCUAUCUAUCUAUCUCUGUUCAUUUCUAUCUAUCUAUCUAUCUCGGUUCAUAUCUCUCUCUCUCUCUCUAUCUCGGUUCAUAUCUAUCUAUCUAUCUAUCUAUAUCUAUCUAUCUAUCUAUCUAUCUAUCUAGGUUCACAUCUAUCUAUCUAUCUAUCUAUCUAUCUAUCUAUCUAUCUAUCUAUGUUCAUUUCUUUCUAUCUAUCUAUCUAUCUCGGUUCAUAUCUCUCUCUCUCUCUCUCUAUCUAUCUAUCUCGGUUCAUAUCUAUCUAUCUAUCUAUCUAUCUAUCUAUCUAUCUCUGUUCAUUUCUUUCUAUCUAUCUAUCUAUCUCGGUUCAUAUCUCUCUCUCUCUCUCUAUCUCGGUUCAUAUCUAUCUAUCUAUCUAUCUAUCUAUCUAUCUCUGUUCAUUUAUAUCUAUCUAUCUAUCUAUCUAUCUAUAA